AUGUUCCUGUGCACUCGUGACGCGUCCUCGCGGUCUUUCCAGGCUUCACAUGAUGUCAAUGACCAUCCUCACUCUACCGAGACCUCCUCCUUUGUCUCUGGGCGUCUCGAUCCGUUUUUUCGCGUCGUUUUGACGCUCUCUCGGUCAUCUAGGCGUCGUCCCCAAGACUCGGUCAAUUUCGCCGCAUAUCUCGAGCUUCUGGACACAUUAACGCGGCUAGUGGCACAAGUGUUGAAUGUACAUCUGUUGUCACCAUCGCUUUGUUUCUCAGCGGGUGAGUUGGUGGCUGUAGACGCUGGUGAGUGGUGGAAAGAGGUUCAGAGACAAAGUAUUGCUCUUGUACAGGGACCUGAGACUCUUGCACGGACAUGUUGGAACAGCUGGGUUUGGACUCUACAUGAGACAUUUGAGGACGUUGCCAUUGAUUUAUGGAAGGAGAAAGCUGGUGAUUACUAUGUUCAGGCUCUUGAUCUGGUAAUCAAGACAUGGGAAAGGACAAAGACGAAACAAGGACGGGAGCCCCAUCAAGGACAGAGAAAGAUUGUGAUGGAUGUUUUGAAAAGUGUCGAGACACAAGUGGCUUUUGUUGCUGCCAAACUUUUACAACACUGGGCUCUUGAAAGUGAAAAGAUAAUGGUGGAGUCAGUGGAAAAAUUGUCCAAGUUGAUGGCUGUAGUAGUAGUCAACAUGCUGCUACAGCCAUGUAAGGUUGGUAUGCGGCAUACUUUCCAUGACCAUGUAUUGCUACCGUCGUUACCACGAUGUGCUUUUGUAGGAUCGAAAGAGUGGAAAUGCUCGGUCUGUGAACGUAUUACACAGACUACAGGUGCAGUAGCGGAUCGUGUGAAGUGUGUCUAUCGCUGUGCAGCUUGUGAUUUCAACUUGUGUCGUGAAUGCUUUACGAGGAUCCCGAAUACGACGGCAUAUCAUCGGAGCAGCCCCAUUGCAGAUAUGACCAAGCUGACAACUGAUCACUUUUUUGCUCUGGUUGUACCUCAAUUAGAAAACAAAACGAGUGCUGCUGUAGUACGUCAGAUUGCACAGGAAUUACGUCGACGGGUGCUAGAGCUGUACCCGCACAACUUCUUUGGAAUUGCCGAGUUUGUGCAAAUAUUCCACAGCUUACUUAAGUCUGAUAGAAGUGCGGCUAUCGCACUGGUGUUGUCGCCACCAGCGUCAAUACCCUCGUCAGGGAGACCAGCAGCUGCUUGGUUCCCGCUGUUUAUGCGAACUUGGACGAUGUCGUUGAGUACGUUAUUAGGUCCAUUUCUUCGUGCUUCUACCAUGCUUGAUGGCACAAAUGAAUUGGACGCAGCUGUGCGGGCUGCGAAUGGCUCGGCGGUUGCUGAAAGCAGCUUACGUGCUCAGUGGACUUAUGGUUAUGCUGAACUACGCGAUACACUACAGGGUUUAAUGCGAACACUGCUAGCAGAUGAUCAGCACCCGCUUGUGGUGGAUGCCACACUGAGCUGGCUUGCGCUCACAUUGAUGACGGCAGAUCCACGAAGGCGUUUGAAUUACGACGUGCAUGAGCGAAUAGACGGGUUCCUGGUGAAUGUAACUACAAUGUUGCUCGCUCACACGCUUCCUGUUCUGGAAAAAGCCCAGCAUGAUCCAAGUGUUAUCGAUAGCAGCUACCACCAGAGCCUAGAGCCUGUACGUGUGUAUGCAAGUAAUGGCUUUCCUGAGGUCCCGCUUCACUACUCGCGUUGUACGCAAGAUGUGGGUGCCAACGAUAGCGCAUCGAAUGUUGAAGUAUGUGAAAUCACUGCUCGGGACGAGACAUGUAUCACUAAGCACAAUGCACAUAUUUCACAGCUGGAGCAGGAUGAGCAUGAUGUGGAAAAGAUACCUUCCACGUUCUAUCCGCGUUUGUCUUGCCAUGAGGGCGUAGUGUGCGACCAGUGUGAGUUCUCACACCUCCAUGGUGUGCGAUACAAGUGUGCCUUCUGUGGCGAUAUGGAUCUGUGCAGUGACUGUUUCGAAAUCUUUCGCUUGCAUCAGGCUGCCACCGACUCAUCGUCAGAGUCAGAGUCUGAAAUAAGUUUGCACAAUCUGGAUCACAUUUUUCUUCGCAUUGAAUCGCCGAUUCCUGUGUUUGCACUAAAACAUUUCCAGCCACUUCCUGCAGAGUGGCUGGCAAGUAGCAAACAAAGAAGCGCCUCCAGCAAUGUGAAUGAAUGCAUCACUGAAGGAUUCGAUGCGCCAAAGAUGAAAUGUGCCGACUGCGGAUACGUCUUAGGUGCUGGUGGCAAGCCAGACGAUGUGUUUUACAAGUGCGCGAACUGUUUUGCUACUCGAGUCGUGUGUGCUGCAUGUUUGGCGCGCGAGGAGAAGUGUAGCAAUGGCAACCCGAACGAUUUGCAUGCGCCUGGUCACGUUUACUUUGUGGUUACUGACCCAUGGCGUCGAUGUCUACCUAUUCCCUGGGAUGAAGUGCUUCGAAAACUGCACUUUCGACGUUUAUUGCAUCCACCCGCCCUUAUUCCACGUCUCCGCUUUCCCCGUGACACCGAGUUAUUUUACAUGACCCUCAAGUACCUCCACUUUGGGCCUCUAACCACAUUGUCACGGUGGCUAAGUAUGGUAAAGGAGGUGCAGGAGCUGCAAGCAAUUUGUGCCUGUGAUGAAGAGCAGCUCGAACGAGAAAGACGACGCCGGAGACGGCGGCAAAAUGGCUCUCAGCGUAAACCACUGAAGCAGUCAGCCCAUUACAAGGCAAGUAAAGCUCGAUUGGAGGUUAUCCGCGUAAAGUGUGUGAAGGUAGAGCUUCAUUUGCUGGCAAGCGCAAAUGUGGCGGAGUGGUUGGUGUUUUAUGCUCGAACAUGCCGGUGGCUUUUGCACACAGCUUCUGCCGCUCCUCAGGAUUCUAAGCCUGCGACUGCGUCUCAAGAUCCUUUCUCUGAGCCGCUUUCCCAGUUCUCGUCCAUGUUUAGUGCACUUCCUGAACAUUUCUUCUUUGACUUGUGUGAUGUCGUGUACCUGUUGGGGCUCGAAAAGUUCGAGUACCGUGAUCUUGUGGCUGAAUUGAUGAAAGGCAAGCCUGGCGUUGCUGCAUCGGUGGACGAAGUAGCAGAAGUUGUGGAGCCGCUCCUAGUGAUGCUUACACAAAUAGUGGUGGCCUCAAAGUUCACCAAGAACCCUCAUCUUCGUGUAGAGGCGCUACGUUCCUUAACGACUCUGGUGACAUUUGCUUCGAAGGGGCAACAAGUCCAACAUCGCCCAGAACCUUGGCGGAUGGAUUCAUUAUUCAAGCGUCAUCAAUUGUUGUCACGCUGGCUGAUUCCUGGUCUUUUGCAAUUUCAUUCCGAUAUGGAUCGCUACAAUGCUUGCAACAAUGGGUCGGCCUUUUCUAGUGCCGCGACUAGUGGUGACCACAUGUUGUGGGGAUUUUUACCGACUCGAAUAUCGGUGACGAUGCUUUUGCGCUAUCUCUGGCAGAUGCCUAGUCAACGCCAGAGCCUCUUGCAGGUGCUAAAUACGUCGAACACAAGUGAGAUAUUGCAGGCGUCUUUAUUUGCAGAACCAAGACAUGACAGCACUCUGCAGUUAACGGGACUCGUGAGCGGUUUAUGGGGUGAUAUUGCCAAACUCUUUGAUGAGGCAACUAAUAAGAUUACGACUCUACGGCACAUACAUGAGCUCAUUGAGAAUUAUCUGGACGGAAGUAUAGUUGUACUGCCUUUUCGUCGCGACGUGCUCGAUGGUUACGUAGCUAUUAACGCAAAACAAUUGCGUCUGACAAUGCGUUUACUACUGGAAGCAAUGGAACUGACUUCGUGGUUCGCCUCAAUCGUCAGCGGUGAAAUUAAUUUGCGUUCGCGAUCAUUCGUAGCCCCUGCCGCAGCGCUUCAGCACGUAUUGUUGCAACCAGUGGUAGUCGAGCAAGCAGCACGCAUUCUCAGCUUUUUGGUUGCAUCACUAGCAAAUGUGCAUGAAAGAAAGGAGUGGAUGUUCUCGUUGCCACUGGUGGAUGAUGGUAAGUUGCUUCUGGCACAUCUGAUUGUUCUCGUGGUGCGCUACGCAGGACACAGCACGCGAAAGUCUUUAGACUCUUCUGUUUCCUCGACCAUAUGCUCACCUUCGUCGUUCUGGAAAAUUGUGUGGUCGAGUGGCGAUAUUAUGGAACGCCGUGUAGGUGACUUGGAUACGCGUGUGCGUUGGGGGCUUAAUGCGUUAUGCACGCGCAUGGAGUCAGAGAGUUAUCUUGGAUCGACUAGUCUGAACGAUGAGGACGAGUUGGAACAGGUGCAGACUAUGGUGGCAGAAGCAGAACACGAACUGGAUGAGGUCGUCGCCCUCGCCCUUCUGGAGAAGCAGACUGUGUCAACGGUCACUUCUGUCAGUGAUACAGCCAGGGCACGAAAGCGGCUUGGUAAACGCUUCAUCGCGACGCUUGCUAAGGACGGACGUUUCGGCUUUCGAACAUUCGUCAGUCAAUGUCGUUUUUUGCGCCCGAAGCGAAAACAAGAGAACGAUUCUGGCGAUAGCGCUGAUGAAGUAGCUGAAGAUGUGAAAGAGGGGUAUCUCUAUAUUGACGACUCGUGGGUACAACAAUUUGUUCGCGCAAUGGAGGAAGCCGACGAGAUAAUCCAUGUGCAGGAAGCUAUGGAAGCAUGCUUGGGAGACAUCCCCGACCAGUACUUGGACCCCUUGCUCAGCACACUAAUGAUGGAUCCCGUGCGUUUACCAUCAGGCAACAUUGUUGAUCGUGCCGUAAUUGCUCGGCAUCUCUUGGCAUCGUCGCAGCAGGGCGGCAGCACCGGUAGCGACCCGUUCACCCGUGAGCCGCUAACGAUGGCCAUGGUGGAGCCAUGUGAUCCACUGCGGUCCGAAAUCCAGCAGUACUUGCGUACGAAGAUGCGGCACUUUCGCAAGACAGCGCGAGAAGAUGUGCUAGCCAUGUGGGGUUUAGGCUGGGACGUGCUGUUCGACAGUAGCAGCGAGACUGAGGGCGACUCUGAAGAUGGAAAUGAUGGUGACAAAAAUGCAUCGAUGGCCUCCGUCUCACCAUAG